AUGGGAUGGCCUGAUCAAGCCAGGACAAAUUUCAAAAAUUCAGACUGGCCUGGUGGACGACCUGAUGGCCUGCCAGGCGCCUGCCAGGAACCAGGCCAGGCUGGCAGCUCUGAUACUUACAUUUACUCUCUCUCUCUGGUGUUAAAAUUUGUUAUUCUUGCACCAAGUAAACCGGAAACUAACACAAUUGCUACCACACCAUCACUACCAGUAACAGUGACAACAAUAUCAACAUCAACUUUAGCAACAGCUACGACUACUACUCAACAGCCAAAAUGGUCUAAAACUAGUGUUAUGAAUCAUGCUCGACGGGCACAUACAGCAUCGACCUUAUCAAAUGGAAAUGUGUUAGUUACCGGUGGAUUUGCUCGGCAUGCUCUUAACGAUUGUGAAUUGUAUGAUCCAUCAACAAAAACUUGGACAACUGUCGGUAGCAUGAAUGAAGAACGAACUCAACAUACAGUUAGCAUGUUAAAGGAUGGAAAAGUGUUAGUUACUGGUGGAUCUUAUUUUGGUGUGUUUUUGAAUAGUGCAGAACUAUAUUAA